UCGCUCCUUCUAUUCGCGAGGUUUCAAUUAUUGGGCUUUUCGCGUUCGGGAAGCACAAGCGCAGCGAUCCAUCUCCGGUCUUCCUAUCGGGUGACUGACUGACAGAACACCGCACCUGAGCACCAUACAGGCUGUGCACGUGAUGAAGUUCACCUUUAAGCCUUUCAAAGGCGACAAGAGUUCUCCCGACGACGACGGCGACACGCGUAAUCCAGGGCAAAGGCGCAGAGAGCAGGUUCGAAGAGCGCAGAAAACACAUCGCGAGCGCAAGGAAGCGUACACGGCAUCUCUUGAAAGCGAAGUAGUCCAGCUCCGCGCAAAUGAAGCUCGGUUGUCGCAAGAGACGAAGACGCUGUAUUCUGAAGUCGCUUUUUUGAAAAGUCUGCUGACGCAGAACGGGAUUGCGAUACCUGAACGGACAAGAAUAGGAUUUGGUCAACAGGAAGAGGGAGCGAGCGAAGGGAGUGAGAAGAGGGUGGCUCUGACCGUUGGGCAAGAAGAGAAUAAGAAAAAGAACCGACGGAAACAGAUAUACGUACAGCAAGUGCCUCAGGAAUCGUUACCCGGCUCGGCACAGCUCAUAAGUCCGCCGUUGUCUGGUUCCGCAUUAUCAGGGUACAUAUCCACCGCGGGUUCGCCUGGUGGCUCUGCCAUAUGCAUGGGUAACAUGGACCCAGAGAUCGUUGGGAUGGACUUCGUCUUGACUCUCGAGUCUCCUUGUUUACCACAUAUCGAUGUGGCUUCGCCCAAUACUGGCAGCUCCGACACAGAUACUUCUGCUUCGACCGGCCACGCCUUGACUGUCUCAGCAUGCCUCUUCCAUCAUCACCCUUCACCACCCGGACAACGCCAAUUCUCUCCUUCGACAUGGGAGGUUCCACAGGCCAGUAUCGACCAGCUCCUAGCACUGUCUAGUUCUGUUCCGCUUCAAGACGGCGAAGUUACGCCAGUGCAGGCAUGGGAUUACAUCCGGCGACAAGAGGGAUUUGCGGGACUGGAGGCAUACAGGUGGAACAGUCUGAAAGAGAAGUUGGUGGCAUUGGUGCGGUGUUAUGGCUUUGGCGGUGUUGUUGAGAGAGAAGCUUUUGAGAACGCGGUCUUUGAGGCUUUUGUGGUUGGGAGGGUGUUCUAAGGAAACGGGGGCAUCUGAACAGAUUUUUUUUUCUUGGUGGAACACGGAUCAAGGACCGCAGGUAGAUUGCGUACACCAUUGCGUCGGCUCUUUUUGCGCAUGGAAAUGGUAGUGCGAUAGCUCCGAGGUGAGGGCAUUAUUCCCGAGAGCCCCCAGUCAUCACCGCUGGCAGAUGGCACGGAGAUCGUGGUAUACAAUACCUAUUUCUUUUCACUCAGUUGGCAUUUGAUUCAACUUUUUACAAGUUGCCGAUAGUAACAGCACUCUCAAAAGAGCCUGAUCCUUCUCUUUGCUGUUUGACGGACCUCGGCAUCGACUCAAGGAGCAAUCCCUGCAUCAUUCAUCAGAACAAGCGAGAUACGGGGUAUGCGCGGCUAAGUGGUUCGGUUGGUGGCGGAUUUCUGGACCUGCGUCGCGUGUCGCUUCCCCAACUCACCCAGCACGCAUCAAUGGACAAGUCAAAUU